AUGGCAGAAAGAACGAUAUCUCACUCUUCAUCACAAAUCAUCUUAGUUUUCUUGCUCAUUUUCUCCAUCGUAUUGCUCUUCCAGGCAAGUUGCAGUGAAGCUCAGAGUGGAUUUCUUCCUAAACAGGAAGUUGAUGCUCUCAAGGAAAUUGCUAGUCAACUGGGCAAAAAGGAUUGGAAUUUCAGUCUAAACCCUUGUGAUGGGAACUCAAACUGGAAUACUUCAAGAAGGAUUGAUAUGCCACUGUAUAACAAUUCUGUCAUCUGCAAUUGUUCUUUUCCAGGUGGUGUAUGUCACGUAACAAAAAUAUUCCUCAAAGGACAGAAUUUACAAGGAGUCCUUCCACCAUCAUUAGCAAAGUUACCAUAUCUCAACACAAUUGAUCUCACAAGGAACUAUCUCAGUGGUACAAUUCCCCUUGAAUGGGCAUCUACACAGUUAGAAUACCUGUCUGUUAUUGUAAAUCGCUUAUCUGGGCCGAUCCCAGGCUACUUGGGAAAUCUGAAAACACUUGUAUAUAUGAGCUUGGAGAACAAUAUGUUUAAUGGGACGGUGCCAGCAGAGCUAGGGAAGCUGGUCAAUUUGGAGAAUCUCAUACUUAAUGCAAACAAUCUCACUGGUCAGUUGCCAAAGGAACUCAAUAACCUGACAAAAUUGACAGAACUUAGGCUAAGCAGUAACAACUUCACAGGAAACUUACCUGAUUUUUCAAGUUGGAAAAAUCUAACAAAAUUAGAGCUUCAAGCUAGUGGUUUUCAAGGACCUAUACCUCCUAGCAUUUCUGUCUUAAAAAACUUGACGGAACUAAGGAUCAGUGAUUUAGGGGGAGGUGCUUCAGAUUUUCCACUGCUGAGAGACAUGACAAGCAUGCAGAAGUUGAUGCUAAGGAGCUGCAAUUUGGUUGGGAAAAUUCCAUAUUACAUCAUUAAUAUGAUGACAUUACAGACUCUGGAUCUAAGUUUCAACAAACUUGAAGGAGAGGUUCCCAAUCUUGAAGGUCUGGAAGGUCUGCAGUUCAUGUAUUUGACAAGAAACUCUCUUUCUGGGACGAUUCCAGACUGGAUCACGGGUAGAGAUACACAGCACCAGAUAGAUCUUUCUUACAAUAACUUCUCUGAGAGCUCUGAGCCAUCAACUUGUCGGGAAACCCUAAACUUGUUCAAAAGCUUUACUGGGGGAAAAACAUCAGAGCUGGGUAAAUGUCUGCUGCAGAGUUUCCCCUGUUCGAAAGAUUACUACUCAUUGCAUGUAAACUGUGGUGGAAAGAGUACUGUAAUUGGAAAUAAAGUUUUUGAGGCAGAUGAAGAUUCAGCUGGUGCUGCAAAAUUCGUUCCCUCGAAAGAGAACUGGGGAACCAGUAGUACUGGUGACUUCUGGGAUGUCACCACUUCUAUAGCUAAUUACACAGCAAAUAAUGUCUCUGUUCUAAGAGUAAAUGACUCUGAUUUGUACACGACAGCUAGACUAUCUCCUUUAUCUCUCACUUACUAUGGUCGGUGUUUAGCAAAUGGAAACUAUACUGUGACACUUUACUUUGCGGAGAUAAUUCUCAGAGAUGAUCAAUCAUUUCAAAGGCUUGGAAGACGGAUGUUUGAUGUCUACGUCCAGGAUGAACGGAAAUUAAAAGAUUUUAAUAUUGAAAAGGAAGCACAAGGAGUUGAUAGAGUUGCAAAGGAAGAGUAUACUGGAGUGGUUGUAAAGGAUGGAAUUCUGGAGAUACGCUUUCAUUAUUCUGGAAAAGGAUCAACAGCUGUUCCAACUAGAGGAACAUAUGGUCCUCUGAUAUCUGCUAUUUCAGUGGUAUCUGAAUUUAACCCUCCUUCCAAAGGGAAAAAGAAGAUUUUCAUAGCAGUGGGAACAGUGGCUUCUACAUUGUUAAUCUUACUCAGCAUUCUUGGUUUUGCUUGGAGGAGAUGGCAUUCAAGACAAAAGAUCUCCAGGGAAGAAGAAUUGAGAGGGUUAGACUUGCGGACUGGUUUAUUUACCUACCGACAAAUUAAAGCUGCAACUGACAACUUUAGUGCCACAAAUAAGAUUGGAGAAGGUGGUUUUGGAGCAGUGUACAAGGGUAUGCUAUUGGAUGGUACUGUAAUUGCUGUUAAGCAACUUUCUCCAAAAUCAAAGCAAGGGAACCGUGAAUUUGUGAAUGAAAUAGGAAUGAUCUCUGGUCUACUUCAUCCGAAUGUUGUCAGAUUGUAUGGAUGUUGCAUUGAAGGAGACCAACUAUUAUUGGUUUAUGAGUACUUGGAAAACAAUAACCUUGCACGAGCUCUGUUUGGUCCACAGGACUUGCAGCUCGAAUUGGAAUGGUCAACCAGGCAAAAAAUAUGUAUUGGAAUAGCCAAAGGUUUAUCUUUCCUACAUGACGAGUCAGCUCUAAAAAUUGUUCAUCGAGACAUCAAAACCAACAAUAUUCUCCUUGAUAAAGAACUCAAUCCAAAAAUUUCUGACUUUGGUUUAGCCAAACUUGUUGAGGAGGAGAACACACACAUUAGCACCAGAGUCGCAGGAACAAUAGGGUAUAUGGCACCUGAAUAUGCACUAUGGGGCUACUUAACAUACAAAGCAGACGUGUACAGCUUUGGGAUAGUUGCAUUGGAAAUUGUUGCUGGAAAGAGCAACAUGUCAUACCGCCCAAGCGAGGAUUAUGUUUGUCUUCUUGAUUGGGCCCUUGUUCUGCAGCAAAGAGGAAGUUUGGUGGAGCUAGUGGAUCCGCGGUUAGGUUCCAAUAUUAACGAGGGAGAGGCUAUAAGAAUGAUCAAAGUGGCUCUUCUCUGCACUAAUCCAUCUCCUGCACUUAGGCCUACCAUGUCUGCGGCGCUUGCCAUGCUUGAAGGUCGUAUCAGUACUCAGGGGUUCAGCUCAGAUCCAAGUGUCUAUAAUGAUGGAUUAAAUCUUCAAGGACUGCGAGACAAGUAUGAUGAGUUGCAAUUCAGUUCAAUUGAUCCACAGUCAUUUUCCACUUCAUCUGACACAAAAGAAAGUAGCGCCUUGACUUCCAGUACUGACAGAUAGAUAGACAAGUAGUAAAUCAACUUAAUUUCAUUUGAUGCAAGAGAAAGUAAUGCACCGUCAACAUCUUCUGAGGAUAUCGAUACUGUAAACCUUGCUUCUCAAUUAUAAAGUUCAGGAAAGUGUGAUUCAAAUCCGUAAGAUUUUGGAGGCAGCA